UUGUAGAAGAGUUCAUAUAUUGAUUAAAAAAGCAAUAAUGAGUAACAAACAAAUGAAGCCAGAAUACGAGAGUGGUGAGCACCUUCAAGGAGAAGGUAAUAUAAAAUGAAUAAGACCAUCUUGCUUCUCAUAUAGGGGGUAUUCUGAGAGAAAGAGGGAUUCUGGCGAAUCUGUUGCAAAUUUUAAGUCCAAUAGUCAUGAUUAUUCAAAAGUGAAAUAGAUGCAGAUACACCAAUUGACUCUUUUAGCUCUAAGAGCAUUCACUCUUCUAAAAGCAGCAACCGCCUCCUUCCGUAUCUGUUUGAAACAGGAGUAUUCAAAGAUGGUCCAAAAAGAAGUUUGUCAGUAGGUGAUUUGUCAGACAAGGGCCAAAGAACAAAUCUCAGUAUGAAAUCAAAAGAAGAUAACAAAGAAAAAUAUGAAGAGUCCAAAGGGGAGAGUCCAAACCCGAUCAUGAUAAAAUACCAAGAGGAGCCCUCAAGCAAGCAAGACAAAAAGUUAAAGAAUUCCAUCAAUGCUGCAAAUGGGUUAAUAGCGGCAUGGAAAGCCACUAUAGCACAGGCAAAUGAUAUUGUACUAGGCCCUCCACCAAUCAACCCAGAAGCAUUGGCAGAAGCGAAUAGAUUGCAUUCAAUGGCCGGGAAUUUAUUACAACAUUUGAAUCAAACGAGUCAAGUCAUUAAUGACCAUCAGAGAAAAAUAUAGUAAACCGAUCUUCUUCUUCAAUUCUAUAAUCUAAUAAAG